UAUUUUAAUAUUAAAAGCCGACUUUAAAAGUGAUUUUAUAACCUUUGGUGUAGAAAAAAAUACUAAACGAAUCUGCUGCGUUUAUUCCUGUAAAACUUUCAAAAACGACAUACUAUAUUCACGUAAGUUGCAACAUUGCUUCUGAAACUAAAUGCGUAAAGCAAAAAACUUUUCGAAACUUAAGAGUAUUCGGUACAUUACAACAUUACUUCUGAGUUCAAAUGCGUGAAGCGAAAGGUCUAAUAAACACAAAGCCAUGGUGCGAAUAUCAAAACAGAAACAGGAAAAGUUAGAAGUCAUCAUGAACUUGGUGGAAGAACUUGGUGUAGACCGUGUUCUGCAUAGACUUCGACAAACGAAGAUGAUGAGUAAAGAAGUCUUGGAUGAUAUGAAGGAGUGGGAGACAGAUUAUGAAAAACGGGUUGCACUUCUUGGGUUCCUUGUUGCCCCUGAGGGGAAAAGAGCUUUCGGGGCGUUGUUUGAACUUGCCAAGGUACACGAGGAACAAGUUAAAAUGCAAGAAGAGCAGGAAAAACUGAGACAGGAACAGCUAGCUCAAAAUCCUAAUGAGACAAAAAGAACACCGGGUGGAAAUUCAAAUAGUAGAUCAGAGCACCGAACACAAGCUUCGAAUAUGAAAAAUAAACUUCGAGCUCAGUUAAAUAAGAAAAGGGGCCAACAUGCGCAGAGCACCACUGCGCAGAACAACCACGGUGGGACAGUUACAGGAAAAUCGAAGAAAGGGAAAAAGGAAGAAGAUAAAGAUGAUCCUCUGUUGGAGGAAGCUGCUCGGACUUUACAGGAAGCAGAGAGGCAAGUAAAGGAGAAGAAACGAAUCGAUGCCUUUAGAAGUAAGCUAGCUGCUUCAGAAGUACAAGACACGGCGAGUAACGCGAGUGGAAGAAGGUCAGCUGGCAGUCCACGCACCACUCCCACCCCUGUUGGCCACCCCGAUUCACCCAAAGUCGUUCCAUCAAACCCGGAAAAUAAAGUGGAGAAUUCCCCACAAACCGCAGAAGUUCUUUCACCAAAGCUGAAACCUCCUCCGCCCAUCACCGCUAGAGUGCGCACUGAGUCAACGUCGUCUGAAAUCCGUGUACCGGUGAAGGUUAUAUCACAACCUCAGAUCCCGAAGGCGUUAAACGAUUUUACUCGGCACAAAGAAGAGCAUGAGGACGGAGAUUGGGGUCGGAUGCCACCGGCAGAAGAAGAAGACGAAGAAGAUGACGAGAGCCAGAAAACUCCGCCGUUAGGGGGCGCUAAACAGCCCGAGAAACCAGAAAACAAAGAAGAACCAAAGAAGGAAGAAAUGAAAAUUGAAAGUAAUGAAGUUUCAUCGCCAAAAGAGGAAUCAGAAGAAACAGCGAGCCCAAGCAACAACUCAGAACCUAAAGAACUGUCUGCGGAUUUAAAACUGGCGCUAGAUGACGCUACACUCGUGAGCAACCUAAGCGACCACGUGAUUGCGGAAAUCGUUGCUGAUUGGCGGAUUUUAAGAUCGGAAAAAGAUAAGGAGGGGGGAGUUGAGAAAAAAGAUCUUCAUCAGAUCAAAGAAGAUAUGAAAGAAAUGGAAGCAGAAAAAGAGAAAAUGAGGAAAGAGAAAGACCGAUUCGUGUUCAAAGAGUUUGAGCUGCAGCAGAAAUUACAGGAAUUGACGACAAAACACAGAAGUUUACGAGAAGAUCAUGAAACGUUAAGACAAGGAAAUAUCCAGAUACAACAAACGACAAAGAAAAGCAACAAACUGCACCAAGAAAUGAAACGUAAAAUUGCAAAACUUGAAUCGAAAAUUAAAUCCAUGGACAAAGUAACAGUACGACGGGGAACGCAAACAGAUGAUAAAUUUGACAAGGACGUAUACGAAGCGCUACGAAUCGCUGAAGAAUCUCUUUCUGUGACACAGAGUGACCUUAACACAGCCCAAGCUAAACUAAAGACAACCCAACAAGAGAUCGAAGAGUUAAAAAAACAGCUAAACCUAAAAGGGCGAGAAAUAAACAAGCGAGAACGUAAGAGUAAAAAAGAUGAAGAAAACAUUCGCUUGGUGUCGCGCGAGAGAGAUGCGAUGGAAAUCAAGUUACGGAAAGUCAGCGAACAGAUGGAAUAUUAUAAAGGGAUUAUGGAGAUGAAAACAAAGGGGAACUCAAAACGCCCUCCACCGGAGAAGAAAGAGAUCAAGGUACAACGUUGUGCCAGUGGUAGACACGUCAUUGUGAAGGCGGUGCCUGCUACGUCAGGUCACGUGAGUGCGAGUGACGUAGAUGAUACGUCACGCACAACUCCACGCAACUCGCGGCCUGGAACUGUAAAAACUCAGGCUACGAAACCUAAAACAUCAAACACGGAAAAACCACCUCAAACUCCAACUAAAAAGAUAUCUACGAGUUCUAGCGGCGGAAAACAAACUCCUAACGAACCAUCAGGUAGAGGUACACCGGGAAACACUGUAGGCCAAAGCGAGUCUGGGUCUAAGUCGCAAAAUUCGACUCCAAGAGCAAAUAACGGCAGCCAGCCGAGCAAAUCUACAUCUAAAUCAAACACUACGCAAUCAUCUGCCUCGAACCAAACGUCUAGCUCUUUAAAACUAGCAGAUAGUGGAUCUACAGGGUCCUCCACUGCAAAACCAAAAACCCAGUCAAGCACACAAGCAAAUGGGGACGUUAAUUCGCCUAGGCCUGGUAACGCAAGUACAGAUGCUGCCACACCAAGAAAUAAGCAAGGAAUUAAAGUAGUGAGCAUACCAACGCUUUCUUUAAAUAAAAAGUGACAUUUCUAUCAAUUCAAUGAAUUAUUAAGGUAUGUCGUACUACGUAUGGUUUAUAUUUUAUUAUAUUUUACAUGGGAUGAGAGGUCCUAUAUGGCGAGACACGCACAGAGAAGUAGGACUAGGGCCAAAAUUGGCGCAUUGGCAUUACCUCAACACCAAAGUAAUGUUUAUAUUGUACAUGUACUAUUACCGAACAAACGCUAUUGUUAUUCAAUAUUUCCUUUACAAUAGCCGUAAAUGUCUGAACAGUUUCUUUGCAAUUUUCAAUACAAUUCCUUUAAAAAAUCGUUAUUUUAAAAUAUAAUUUUAAGAUUGUAUUAGAAGCAAUUGUAAAAUGCCGUUACAAGCUAUGCAGCCGCCCAAGAAAAGGCUAAACAGUGUUGGUCACCGAGUUCCUAGCUUAGUAGCACAAGUACAUAAAAUGGUUGGGCAAAUCAACGUUUUCCAGUUUUGCGCGUAUUUUGUGGGAAUUGUAUUCGUACUUUUGACGAUAAUUUUAUUCGUAUGUUUUCUGGCAGUUUUCAGCGUGAAAAAAGUUUCAUUGCAUAAUGUGGAAACGAAUGUUACUUUUACUUAUCAACUCAAAUACAACAAAACUUUCGACGUUGAUCUGUUAAAUGCACCACGAACAAUAUACGAAGAGGAAAAAACACUUUUCAAAACAAGUGUUUUGAGUUUUCUACUGCAACAUUUGAACACAAGUGAACACAGUGUACAGAUUACUAAAGUUCUAUUUCACCGCUCAGAAAACCAAAGUACCAUCGUGACGUUUUCAGUUACUUUUAACUACAAUUUCACCUCGGAAAUGGAAACUAUAUUUGAUAAUAUUGAAAGGUUUACAAUAGGUGGCAGUAGAGUGCUUCAUAUUACAGCAAUCACAGCAGACGAGUUGGAAAGAAGAAAACCGAGUAAUGAACAAGAUUCAAAUCUAGAGGAUAUUUCACUGAACAAGAAACGACGGUGAUAGAAUCUUGUACUGCGACCAGAGAAGAAGUAAAGUGAUAAACUGUAUUUAUACAAUCAUUCUCUUUCGAAAAUCGAAUAAAAUUAAAAGCCAGAA